GAGCCUGCGCCGCCUCCGCCCCACCGUCACAGCCGCCCGGGAAGCGCGGGCGGGUAGCAGGCAGGGCGGGCCCGUGUGCGCGCGGGGAUGGCGGACAGCGAGAGCGACACGGACGGCGGCGGAGGAGGCGGUGGCGGCGGCGGCGGGGGGCCGGGCGCGGUGCCCGGGAGCGCGGCAGGGCCGGCGGCGGGGGGCGGCAAGGCGGGCGGCAUCGUGAUCUCGCCGUUCCGCCUGGAGGAGCUGACCAACCGGCUGGCCUCGCUGCAGCAGGAGAACAAGGUGCUCAAGAUCGAGCUGGAGACCUACAAGCUCAAGUGCAAGGCGCUGCAGGAGGAGAACCGCGACCUGCGCAAGGCCAGCGUCACCAUCCAAGCCAGAGCCGAGCAAGAAGAGGAAUUCAUUAGUAAUACCCUGUUUAAGAAGAUUCAAGCUUUGCAAAAGGAGAAGGAGACGCUUGCCGUGAACUAUGAAAAGGAGGAAGAAUUUCUCACUAAUGAACUCUCAAGGAAGCUGAUGCAGCUACAGCAUGAGAAGGCUGAACUGGAGCAGCAUUUAGAGCAGGAACAGGAAUUCCAGGUGAACAAACUGAUGAAGAAGAUUAAAAAACUGGAAAAUGAUACAAUUUCGAAGCAACUCACUUUGGAGCAGCUAAGACGUGAGAAGAUUGACCUGGAAAAUACACUAGAACAAGAACAGGAAGCAUUAGUGAAUCGGCUCUGGAAGAGAAUGGAUAAACUUGAAGCCGAAAAGCGGAUUUUGCAGGAGAAAUUAGACCAACCUGUGUCUGCUCCUCCAUCACCGAGGGACAUAUCGAUGGAGAUAGACUCCCCAGAAAACAUGAUGCGGCACAUCCGGUUUCUAAAGAAUGAAGUGGAGAGGUUAAAGAAGCAACUGAGAGCAGCACAAUUGCAACACUCGGAGAAGAUGGCACAAUAUUUGGAGGAAGAACGUCACAUGAGGGAAGAGAAUUUGCGGCUCCAAAGAAAACUGCAGAGAGAGAUGGAGCGAAGAGAAGCCUUGUGCAGACAGCUGUCGGAAAGUGAAUCAAGUUUGGAAAUGGAUGAUGAGAGAUACUUUAACGAGAUGUCUGCACAAGGACUGAGACCUCGCACUGUAUCCAGUCCAAUCCCUUACACACCUUCACCAAGUUCUAGCAGGCCUAUAUCACCUGGUCAGUCGUAUGCCAAUGACAGUGAUCUGCUGAUGAACAACAAAAUGCCGAUAAACAGUCCUCUAAAGUAA